CAGUGCCUUGCAAAGCAAGCAGCUGCAAGACUUGCAAGCGCUCACCCACUCUUUGAACACGGCCUCUUGUGCGCAAAGUUAGGUACCUCAAGUGAGCUUCUCUUGCGCACUUUCUAGCAAUUGGCAGGUGCAGCGUACAUACAGAAGUGCGCCAUCUGUGAUAGAUACAAGCUUCCUUACGGACCUCUGAAGAAGCGCAAAACAACAUUAUCAUUUUACGCAGGUGCUGUCUGGGUAUCCAGUCAAGUGCAAAGAGAUUUGAAGACAAGGGGAAGGCAGGAUGUCGGGCUGGGACGAAGGCAAUGUCUUCUUUACAGAGGCCUUUGGCAAUGAAGAGGCCGAGCAACGGGACAGCCGGGCGACCACAAUGAAGAAACUCAGGGAGUUCAUCAAGAACUUUGCCCGCCCGGGCGAUAGUGGCUCGAAUUUCACUUAUCCUUACCGGGAGAGCUUGCAGAAAUCGAGGAAGACGCUGACGGUCGACAUUGAGGACAUCUCCGCGCAUGACCCACAGCUGGCGCGAGCAUUCCGGGAAGCGCCAGGAGAGCACCUGCCCCUGCUCGAAGCGGCUGCGGCGGAGGUAUUGCAGACUCUCAAGACGAAGCCGGCGGGCGAGGAAGGGGACGCGGACCAGCCGAACCGGCGGGAGGUGCAAGUGCUGAUCACCAGCCAGGAGAACCCCAUCUCUCCACGCCAGCUGACGGCGGACCACAUCUCGCGGCUGGUUAAGGUCCCUGGCAUCAUCAUUGCGUCAUCCAAGGUGAAGGCCAAGGCGACGCAGCUGGCGCUCAUCUGCAAGAACUGCAAGACGCCCAAGACGGUACAGAUCAAGGCGGGCUUCAAUGGGGCUUCGAUCCCGCGCACGUGCGACCACCAGGCUCAGGUGGGCGAGGAGGCGUGCCCGUUGGACCCGUUCGUGGUGGUCCCCGACCGCAGCCGGUACGUGGACCAGCAGACGCUCAAGCUGCAGGAGAAGCCCGAGGACGUGCCGGUCGGGGAGAUGCCCCGGGCGCUUCUGCUCAGCGUGGACAGGCACCUGGUGCACCUGGCCACGCCCGGGAAGCGCGUCUCGGUGGUCGGGAUCUUUGAUAUCUUCGGGGUGAACAAGGAGGGCAAGAACAAGAACGCUGUGGCUAUCAGGCAACCGUAUCUGCGCGUUGUCGGGCUGACGAUCGAGGACGCCGCGAGCGGCAGUGAGGUCACUUUCACUGGAGAUGAUGAGGCCCAGUUCAAGGAGUUCGCAGCAAAGACCAAAGUGUACGAGGAGACGGCCAAAUACCUCGUGGCGCCCUCCAUCUUCGGUCACGAGGACAUCAAGAAGGCCGUGCUCUGCCUGCUCUUCGGUGGAGCGCCCAAACACCUGCCCGACCGGACCCGCCUGAGAGGUGACAUCAACGUACUGCUGCUGGGGGAUCCCUCCACCGCAAAGUCGCAGUUUCUCAAGUUCGUGGAGAAGACGGCCCCCAUCUGCGUGUACACGUCCGGCAAGGGCUCCUCCGCGGCGGGGCUGACGGCGUCCGUGAUCAAGGACAGCUCCGGCGAGUUCUACCUGGAGGGGGGGGCCAUGGUGCUGGCGGACGGGGGGGUGGUCUGCAUCGACGAGUUCGACAAGAUGCGGCCCGAGGACAGGGUGGCCAUUCACGAGGCCAUGGAGCAGCAGACCAUCUCCAUUGCCAAGGCGGGGAUCACGACGGUGCUCAACUCGCGGACCGCGGUCCUGGCCGCCGCAAAUCCGCCGUCUGGACGGUACGACGACCUUAAGACUGCGCAAGAAAAUAUCGAGCUGCAGACGACCAUUCUGUCGCGAUUCGACCUCAUCUUCAUCGUCAAGGACGAGCGGAACCACGAGAAAGACAUGAAAAUUGCGGAGCACGUCCUGAGGAUCCAUUCGACGGCGGAGGCUGCCAAAGAAGAUGACGAGACGAAGCGACAGCAAAGCUUCCUCAAACGGUACGUGCAGUACUGCCGGUCCCGCUGCUCCCCCCGGUUGUCGCAGGCCGCGGCCCAGCACCUCCAAAACAGCUACGUUGACAUCCGACAAAAAAUGCGCGAGCGGACGCAGGAGACGGGCGAGGCGAUGGCGGUGCCCAUCACGGUGCGGCAGCUGGAGGCCGUCAUCCGAAUCAGCGAGGCGCUCGCCAAGAUGGAGCUGUCUCCCGUGGCUACGGAGCGCCACGUAGAGGAGGCGAUCCGGCUGUUCAAGGUGUCCACCAUCGAGGCGGCGUCGAGCGGCGUCACGGACAACAUCCACGUGCGUCCCGAGAUGCGCGCCGAGCUGCAGCAGGUGGAAGGCCAGAUCAAGCGGAAAGUUGCCAUCAACAGCAAAAUGAGCGAACGGCAGCUGAUCGACGCGUUGGUCAAUGUGGGCUGUAACCCGACGUCCGUGCGGCGGGCGAUUCUGGUCAUGGUGCAGCGCGGAGAGAUGGAGUACCGGCAGGAGCGCAAGAUGGUGUACAGAAAGGCGUAAAGGUCGACAAUAUAAAAGGAAAAAGUCAAGGAAGGGCGUAGAAGGGUGUAGAGUAGCCUGGCGACGUUGGAUGAAGGACGGGAGUCGGACGUGCAAGGGCGCCGGUGAACACAAAGAUAGUGCAAAAGUAGUGAUUUCAAAUUCUGCUUUAUGAUACAGUCUGUGCGCUUAAACGCACGGUUGAUUAUCCGGCCACGCUAGGCAAGGGACCAAAGAAUCCGUUCCCAGCUGUCAGAACGCUCACAUACGAGGCACAUCCCGCUGAGGCGGGUAUACAAGCUGGCGUGCAUGUGCGCGUCAGCCAUGCCUCCACGAAAGAUCGCACAGUAAUUGGUUGUGGGCUCAAAACCGCCUGAUCCCUAAGUGACUUACGAAGCUUCUGCAGCUACACCGCGCAAAGCAGAGGAAACCUCUCAAAUCCCGCACGUCCGGAC